CAAUAUUCACCAUUACGAUAUUUCGGUAGACUAAGUCGUACUCUUGUGGUUCAUCUUUUGGCAGGAUUUAGAUAAUGUGUAAAAUCUGGUAGUAACCGCUUUUUCUAAAUCGUGCAAGACAAUAUAGUGCAUCUAUGUGAAAUUUAAUCAGAUAAGCUGUAAAUAAUUCAGAUUUCCUGCAUGUUAUAUCCUAUAUAGUGUGAAUCGGUACUAGUUUUUGUCUAAUAACCAAGGGGUGUGAUAUGCAAAACAAUGUCUAACUCUGCAGCCCGGGUAUGGUAUUUUUUUUCUAAUUACGUCCGUGAAUCCUGGGAAUCGUUUUCGUAUUGGCAUCCGGAAAACAUUUUUCUUUUCGGAGCAAUCAUCGCAACAUUUAUAUUGAUACCCUUUCUGAACAGCAACUACAUAUAUAAUAUACUUUGUACUUCGUGCUUGGAAACUGAUCAGAAUUUUCUUUUCGCUAUAAUCAUUCUAACAUCUGGUUUUUUAAUAUCUAAAUUAAAAAACGACCCGACCAUACCCUCGAAUAGCAAACUGGAAAACAUAUUUCUUUCUCUUGGAUUUAUCGUAGUAACUAUAUUAUUGAUAUAUUUAACCAUACUUAAACUGGACUUAACCCUUCCUUCUUUUUCCGAUCUUUUUAAUUCUAUCAUUCCCUUUAAUUAAACCUUUGAUGAGUUUCCAUUUUGUUUUUCGUUUUCUUUUAUUUCCGAUCGGAAUGCAACAAAUGCAAAGUACUUGUAACAAAACUAACUAAGCAUCGAAACAAUGAGUAAUGUUAUAUGUCAGGGCCUUCGCUCUCCUGUGCGAAGGUUAGCAGUAUUGAGUAAAACAAAAGCCAUAUCAACCUCAAUAGUACACAAUGAAACCAUACUAGUCAAGAAUAAUGAUGAGUUUGUUAAUAAGGUAAUGAAUAAUGAGAAGCCGGUUAUAGUGAAUUUCCAUGCAGAAUGGUGUGAGCCUUGUAAAAUACUCACACCGAAACUGAAGGAACUCAUCGAGCCCCUCACCAAUUUAGAUCUGGCUGUCGUAGAUGUAGAAGAUAAUGCUGAACUAGUUCAUGCAUUUGAAGUAAAGGCGGUGCCAGCUGUCAUCGCGAUUAAAAACGGCCUCAUAGUCGAUAAGUUCAUUGGCUUGGUUGAUACUGAUAUGAUAAACAACCUAAUAGACCGGAUGAGCGGUAAAAAGAAGGCAACUUAAAUGAAAAAUUAAAAUGUUCUGUUAGUUUGUUUAUAUCUUGCCUCUGACGAUUGUUUUAAUUGACCAUAGUUAUUCUUAGACUUAUUUAAUUUGUUUUUAUUUAACUGAAGACUCAAAAUGAAAGCAUUGUUAGAAUUAAUUGAAAAGUAUAUGAAUUAUUAUGUAUAUUGAUUUUAAAAAAAUUUUAUUUGUAAUAUUGAAUUUAUUAUAAAAUACGUAAUGAAGGGUACAAUGGAUGUAAAAAACGGCGUGACAAUAUAAGGGAAGCUUAUUUAGAAUAUACGGAAAAAGGGGUAUCACUUUAAUUUAUAAAAACACGGUCCAUUGUUUGGCCAAAUAAUUUAAAUUACUAUGAAAUAAAAACGUGACAUAAUUACGACUUGGCACUUGAAAUUCUAACUAAUGCCAAGGACUGUAAUUAAAAAAAACAACUGUUUUAAUUUUAUUUGUUAAAUAACAGAAAUGGUACAAGUGUUACCAAUUAAAAAAUUAUAGCUUUUUUUUGUCUACAUAUUUUAUUCUGACAAUGAUUAAAUCUAUAUAAUUAUGUAUUAACUAAAUAUUGUUUUACUUAAUUUGUUAUCCCAUAAUGUAGGGAUAAUUAACAAUUAUAAAAUCCCUCAUAUAUGUAUUAAGAAAACAUAUUUUAUGUCAUUAUUAUUUUUUGUAUUUUCGUCUAUUAGUUAUAAUUUAGAUUAAAAUACAAAAGAUAUAUGUUUUAUGACUAGAUUAUUUUUUUAUUUAAGUUACGAAUCAGAAUUCAAAUUAUGAACAUUUCACGGCUUUAGAUAAAUCUUUUACCAAAGAUAGAUCUGAGCUUAGCAAAGUAUUCUCUUUUUAUAUAUUAUUGUUCCUUCGAAUUAUUAUGUAAGUAAUGUACUAAACAGGUUUAUAUCUUGAAUUUUAGCGCUUAUUAAUUUAAGAGUUAAAGAUUUAUGUCCAAGUUAUUUUAUUGUUAUAUCAUUAAUAAAGAUUUUUUUUUAAUUUUUC